AGGACGACUCGCACCGCCAUUUGGGCGUGAGGCGGCGCCGCGGCAACUUCCGGCCAGGCCCAGCCCCGCUCCCCCGGCCCAGCCCCGGCCCCGCGGAGCUCCUGAGGCGGAGGUGGAGCGGGACGCGCAGGGUCCCCCCGCGGCGGCCGCGGCCGCCAUGGCCGCCGUGUGGCAGCAGGUGCUCGCCGUGGACGCGCGGUACGCGGCGUACCGCACGCCGCAGUUCCGCAUACCUGGAUUCGUUUUUUUACCUGUUUCUUACCUGUCUCCCCUGCCUCACCUGUGCAGGUGUGCUGUGUACCGCACGCCGCAGCUGCCGCAGUUCUGCACACCUGAGCCCAUUUUUGGGUGGAAUUUCUCUGGUUUUAGGUGCGUGGCGUACCGCACGCCGCGGUUCCACACCCCUGGGUACGCGGCGUACCGCACGCUGCAGUUCCGCACGCCUGGGUACGCGGCGUACCGCACGCUGCAGUUCCGCACGCCUGGGCCCAUUUUUGGGUGGAAUUUCUCUGGUUUUAGCCCCCCCGGGGUGGUCCCCACCCCCCUGGCCGAGGCCAGCCGGGCCAUGGCCGGGGACACCACCCUGAGCGAGAACUACGCCUUCGCGGGGGUGUUCCACGUGUUCGACCAGCACCUGGACAGCGCAGUGCGGAAGGGGCAGUUUGCCCACGACGAGCGGCACCUGCUGGCCUGCUGCUCUCUGGACGGGACGCUGUCCGUGUGCCGCCUGGCCCCCGGGCCCCCGGCCGUGCUGCGGCGGCUCCGCGGCCACGGCGCCGGCGUCUCGGACUUCGCCUGGUCGCUGUCCAACGACGUGCUGGUGUCCGCCUCGCUGGACGGGACCCUGCGCCUCUGGGACCCCGCGGACGGGCGCUGCAUCCGCCGCGUGCCCGACCCCGACGGGGCCGCGCUGCUGUGCUGCGCCUUCCAGCCGCUCAACAACAACCUGACCGUGGUGGGCAGUGCCCGGCACAUGGUGCGGGUGGUGAACAUCUCCACGGGGAAGGCGGCUCGGGGGGGCACCGGGCGCCUCCCCGGCCGGGUCCUCGCCCUCUGCUUCGACGCCCCCGGGCGCGUCCUCUGGGCCGGGGACGACCGGGGCUCCGUGUCCUCGUUCCUGUGCGACCCCGGCACCGGUACGGGGACUGGGAGGGACUGGGACGGACUGGGAGGGCACUGGGAUGGACUGCCUGGCACUGCUGUGGGCCACUGGGAGGGGUGCCCCGAGCACCUGCUGCUCUUCCGGGUGGUGGAGGACGAGGGGGGCUCGGGGGCCCCGGGGCUGCGGCUCCGGCGCAGUUUCCCCACGCGGCACCGGGAGCAGCCCCUGAGGAGCUGCUUCUGCCCCCUGAUGUCCUUCCGGCAGGGAGCCUGCGUGGUGACGGGCAGCGAGGACGCCUCCGUGCACUUUUUCGACGUGGGCCGCGCGGCGCGCGCCACGGUGAACACGCUGCAGGGCCACGGGGCCGCCGUGCUGGCCGUGGCCUUCAACUGCGACGAGUCCCUGCUGGCCUCGGGGGACGCCGCCGGCACCGUCAUCGUGUGGCGCCGCCAGCACGCCUGAGGCGCCCCGAAACCCCCGCGGAGAACCCAAAGUCUGCCUGGAAAUACCCCCAGAGUACCCCAAAAACCUCCCUGGAAUGCCU